UCGGUCUCCAAGCGCUGCAAGAGGCAAAGAACAACCUUUGUAGUUGGUUUGCUGCAAUUAGGUUAUUGAAGGUGCUGUGAGUGACACUAGCCAGAAAACAAAUCUAAGCCAAGUUACCAUGAAGCCCGCCUGCCUGAUCAUUCUGGCAUCUCUAGUGGUCUGCAACCUGACGUUGGCUCGAGGACAGGGCAUCCCCGCUGAGGAGGAGACGGGGGACCGGCAGACAAUUGACGAUAUCAUCCUACAGAGAGCCGAGAGCCUCCUGCUCCGCUCCAUUCUCAAAAAUAUAGAGGAUGAGGAUGGCGCGAACGAAGGGUUGACCUCUCAGCCAGAGUGGCUGGUGAAGCGGCAGCAUCCCGGUAAGAGGUACCAGGAGGAGCUGGAAAAAAGGCAACACCCUGGGAAGCGAGAGGAGGACGAGGACGAAGACUAUGGCGAGGUUCAGAAAAGACAGCACCCGGGAAAACGCGAAGACGAAUUUGACUCUUUGGUGGAGCUCCAGAGAAGACAGCAUCCAGGCAAGCGCUUAAUACUGGAGCAGAUUACAGAGAACCCCGCAUUUCUAAGUGAACUCUCCAAACGUCAGCACCCGGGCAAGCGCUACGUGAUGUACUACAGUAAACGCCAGCAUCCCGGUAGGCGAGAGGUGGACGACGAGUCAGACGCAGGGGACCUCAAGGAGUUGGAGAAGCGUCAACACCCCGGCAAACGCUACUUGGAUAACACGAGCCCGGAUUUGGGCGCCAACAGUCCCUGUGACGUGCUGGACCCUGGCUGCAGUAAGGCCAACAUGUUGCUCCAGCUAUUAGACAACGUGAACAAGAGUCGCGCGGAGAAGAGACAGCACCCAGGCAAAAGGUCCGCACCUGUCGAGGAUCUGACCGAACAGGAGUAACUAGCGGGGCUGAUGAAGCCCACGUGGGGAAGAAAUAAAGACUAAAGCGACGGGAUUAGCUAUUGGCUCUGCAGUCUGUCUGUAUCCAGCUGAGGACGCAGUCUUGGGAAUCUGCUCUUUUUCUGUCUGACCUUGAAUUGAAUAGGCUAAGUGUAAUUUUCAGAGUUAUAUAAAGUAAAUGUGUUAUACGACAAAUUGACCUGUAGUUUGUUUUAUGAUUUAGGCCCAAUGAGUUUGUGGUAAAAUAUAAAUGGAUAUACCCCUACAAAA